CCAAAUGGUUCCGAACAACUUUCUUCAAAGGAUGAUCCUAACCUAACCUCAUCAACCCUCAAUGAAUCCUCCAAGUCUGAGCAAGCUCUUAAUGAAGCCAUGAAGGCUGGAUUUGUCCGUGUGAACACUACUAAUAUCUUAUUCUUUGGAAUGGCGGGCACUGGUAAAACCUCCACUAAGCAUCUCCUUCUGGGACUGCCUCCUCCUGUAGAUCGUAAUAGCACUCCAUUAGCUAGCACAGCAGAGAGGAUAUGUAUUCGACAAAUUCGUGACACUACAAAGAUAAAAAUGGAAGCUCAAGAAGAUCCCUCUAGAACAUGGAAACCAGUAUCUAGUGAUGACCUACAACGCAUUGUUGCUGAUGCUAUUAAAUCUCAUGUAACCAGCUCAGAUCCUAACUCUAAAGCAUCUGCUAUCCCACAAGAAGUCAGCAUUGCUAUGAAGCAACUUGAACCUAGCAAUGAAUUCGAUAUGCCAGUUGAUGCAACUCCUCCGACUUCAAGAGCAACUAAACCAUCAGUAGCUGGAGAAAAUUUAACUAGUAAGCAAGAAGGAAAAAAGAGUAAAUUUCUUAGCACUGUUUCAAAUGUAAUGGCGAAUAUUCAGCGAUUUUCUGAUGCUGAUCGUACUGCUGUUCAAGAAAAGUUUGGAUCUCAUUGGAUCUACAUAAUCGAUAGCGGUGGGCAACCACACUUUCAUAAUCUACUGCCACUCUUCAUGCCCAAGAUUUCUGUAGCUUUGUACAUUCUUCGUCUCUCUGACUGCCUAGACGAUCAUCCGCUGGUUGAAUACUACAAGGACAAUAAGCCAGUUGGUAAAGCUUUCAAGUCACAUCUCUCAGUGUUGGAUAACUUCAAGUAUCUCGUGCAGUCAAUUCAAUCUCACAGUGAAAACUGCAAGCUGGUAUGCAUUGGUACUCACAAAGACCGUCAAUCUGAAUGCGAGGAAACACUAUCAGACAAGAAUAAAACGUUGUUGAAUUUUGCGGAGAAAGACUGCAUUAAGAAGUUGACUAUGUUUUUCAAUUUGGGUAUAACGAAAGAGAUUAUAUUUCCUGUAGAUUGCAAACACUGCGAUCCUGACAGUAAGGAAGUGGCAAAGACAAUUCGUGAAUAUGUUCAUAAACUGUCUCAAGAGUUGAAUAUUGAAAUCCUUGUCCCUUUUUGGUGGUUUAUUUUGGAAAUUAUUGUCGAGAAGGUUUCCAACGAUGAAAACAGAAAGGUUUUAAGCAAGAAUGAAUGUGUAGAAAUUGCAAAAACGCUACAUAAUUUUCACGAAGAUGCACUUUGUGAAGCUUUGAAAUUCUUCCAUGAGCAUCACAUCUUUCACUAUUAUCCUGCCAUUUUACCAAAUGUGGUAUUCUGUGAUACUCAAGUGCUUCUCGAUAAAGUAACAGAGCUUGUCGAGUAUGCUGCAUACGUGCGAGGAAGUAAAACUCCAAUACACGGGUUAGGAGACUGGUUAAAAUUUACCGAUGAAGGUAUUAUUACGAUUGAACUUUUAUCUGAUAAGAAUUUUGAAAAGCAUUAUAUCGAUGGACUCUUUGCACCCAUCGAUUUGAUUGAAAUAUUCAAGCACUUGCUGAUAGCCACUCCAUUUCGUUUAUUCUCACGAGGGCAAGACAAGCGUUUCUAUAUGCCAUCACUUCUAUCCUUGCUCCCAAAAACUCAAGUCAAUGCCAAACGAGCUGAUUUCCUUAAAACCGGUUUAGUCCCACUGGUUUUACACUUUAAAACCAACUGGCAGUGCUGUGGAGUGUUUUGCUGUCUACAAGUGUACCUGAUUAAAGAAUGUGAAUGGGAAAUUGAAAUGGAGGAUCACCCGCCGAGUAGAAACUUUGUACAAUUCAUUCAUCGAGAGGAAGAUUGUUUUGUUACGCUAAUUGACGGGUUUUCAUUCCUCGAAAUUCAUUCCAGUAAUAAUCGAAAAGAAAUGCUGUCUUUGAUAUAUGAAAACGUUCACUCUGGUCUUCGAUCAGCUUACAAAGCCCUGAAAUACACGUAUGAGGAUCCUGAAGUUGCAUUUCUGUGUCCCCAUAAAUUGCCCUCGACUACUGAAGCAAGUGCAAGUCCCCAAGUGCCCCACCACCCAGCUCGUGUUCUGGCUAAGGGCACUUCUAUGAGGUGUACUCAACGCAAUAGGAUGACGUAUAAUUUGGAAGAUGGCCAUAAAGAUUGGCUCUCUGCUUGUACUAAGCUAGGAGAUCCUCCAGCCUCAAGCCAACGCAGAACAUUAUCAGGAUCAGAUGAAAACGUUGUAACUCUGUCAAAAUGUCCGAAGAAUGAUGUCACUCUACAAGGACCAUCAUCAGAGAAGGAUACCAGUAAUGGAGACCAGCCGAUUGUUCUAACUGGAGCGGAUAUUAAUACAAUUUGUGAGAGUCUGAAAACUGCCAGCUAUAAUUGGUUCAACCUUGGACUGGCCCUCGGGGUGAACUAUUACGUGAUGGAGAAUAUUCAAGAUCGAUACCAAGAUAACGAUCGCCGCCUAAUGAAGGUGGUAGCCAAACGUCUUGAAGUCACUGAUCCAGAGCAUCCGAUGACAUGGCCUUACAUAUGUGAAUGUCUAAGGAGGCCUACUGUUGAGCGUAACGAUGUAGCCGAGGAAAUUGAAGACAAAUACUGGAGUUGCUUGAAAGGGACGAAUAAAGAUGUCAAGUAAAGAAGCAUGCAAGAAUGUCAAGUAAAGAACUGACUCUGUGUUGACUAUAAGUACUGACUAUUAUAAUGCUCUGUGUUCUGUGUUUGAUUAUACCACCUUCUAUUUUUGAAGUUUAUAAUCAUUUCCAGCUUUCUAGUUUAUUGACCCUUUACCAUUCUUGUUGGGUAAGGAUCACUUCAGUUGCAGUUUCUUGUUACCCACAUGGCCUCCUCAUGAUCAGAGAGAGAGCUAGAGCUAGAGUUUAAUAGUGUCUGCAGGCAUGAGCUGGAGGAGCAAGCAGUCCAGUAUUAGUGGAUAUGGUGGCUAGUCUGCAGAGGGAGCUGGACAAUGCUAUAGCCCUACACAGGUACCCCUGAGUGAGGGGGUGGGCAGCAUCAUCCUGCAUCAUAACUUCCUCUAUGUUACGCUGGGGGAAGAGGUGUUCAAUGUCACUGAUGACAAGGGCAGUAUCAACGUGAUAUUGGUGGAUGGACUGCCAGCUUGGGACCACUCUACUGCCUACCCCUGAGGGUGACUAUACGCCCACACACAGGCACUGGGAG